AAAAUGUAGCGGAACUUGAUGUUGUUGUUAAUGUCAAUAAUGUCUGUCUGAAAUAUAAACAUGAAGUGAACUGUUUCUCAAUCAGUUAAUUAAUUGUAUUCGACCAAAUAAUAAGUCCGUAAAGUUCUAAAAUGGCAGCAGUAUUAAAGAAAAGAGCAUUGGCAGAGUACAAUAAAGUAUUUCAAGAUGGGCCUGCUACUAAAAAACUACAUCUCGUCAAGAAACCUUUGAUAGGCAGUUCUGCAGCUGCUUUUGUGGGGCUUUUAGAAAAGUGCAAGUCCAGUGAUGAAGCACUCCAACUAUUGCUGCGUAUCUCAGAUUGCCUGCAGUUCCAAGAGUCGGAUGUAGAAGAGGCUAUAAAAAAGUUAUCUGAACAUUUCCAGUCUGAAGAAGAAGCUGUAGUUAGAGUAAAAAUACUGUGGCUCUUCUGUGACAUUGGUCUUGAGUGCCCCGGAGCCAAUCUUAAUAACUUGAUAGAUGAGACAGCUCACUUGAUUAAAAAUGAGACGUCACACAAGGUAAUAGCACAAGGCAUAGCCACAUUGCUCAAACUGGGCAGCAAAUUGAGUGAUGACAAGAUUCUAAUGAUGCGUCUGGUGGCUGUGGCCAAGGAUAACCUGAAAGACACUAGUCACCAGGUGAAGUGUAGGUGUCUGCAGCUCAUUAGUGAACUGUAUCCAAUAUACCCAGAGUCUGAGAGAACCACAGAGAUGGCAGCUGAGGCUGAUGCUAUUGUGAAGCUGCUCGGAGAUUAUUCACAUGCUGAGGAUGCUAGAGUGCGCUGUGAAGCAUUUCAGUCCCUCCUCACCAUGCAUGAGAGAGGACAGACUCUGAGUGCCUCACUGUAUGAUCUGGUGUGUGUGGCACUUUCUGAUGACUAUGAGAUUGUCAGGGAGGUGGCUCUCAAGCUGGUUUGGGUGCUUGGAAAUAAGUACCCAGAGAAUACAAUAACUCUAUGUGAUGGUGAGACGACGAUGCGAUUGGUAGACGAUGCAUUUGUGCGCAUAUGUUCAGCAGUGAAUGACUUGUGUAUGCAAGUACGUGCGUUGGCCUGCACCUUGCUGGGAACUACUCGCGCCGUAUCUGAUCGCUUUCUACUGCAGACUUUGGACAAACAGCUUAUGAGUAAUAUGAAGAAAAAGCGCACGGCGCACGAGCGUGGCGCGGAGUUGGUGCGGAGCGGUGCGUGGGCGUCCGGGCGGCGCUGGGCGGACGACGCGCCUGGCCACCUGCUGCACCACGACACCGUGCAGCUGCUGCCCGGCGGGGCCGCCGGCGCCUUCGUGCACGGACUCGAAGACGAACUCAUGGAGGUUCGUACAGCCGCAGUGGACGCGGUGUGCCAGCUUUCGAUGGAGAAUGCAGUUUUUGCGACGACAUCGUUAGACUUCUUAGUGGACAUGUUUAACGACGAGAUCGAGGACGUGCGUCUGCGCGCCAUCGACAGUCUCACGCGCAUCGCGCACCACAUCGUGCUCAGGGAGGACCAGCUCGAGACUAUACUGGGGGCUUUAGAGGACUAUUCAAUGGAUGUCCGAGAGGGUCUGCACCGUAUGCUUGGUUCCUGCACAGUCGCGUCCAAGACCUGCCUCGAGAUGUGUAUUGACAAAAUAUUAGAGAAUCUCAAGAGAUAUCCACAGGACAAGCGGUCGACGUUCCGCUGCGUGCAGCGCCUGGGCAGCUCGCACGCGGCGCUCGUGCUGCCGCUGACGACGCGGCUACUGGCCGUGCAUCCCUUCUUCGACAUGCCCGAGCCGGACGUCGAGGAUCCUGCAUACAUGUGUGUACUGAUCCUGGUCCUGAACGCGGCGCAGCACUGCCCCACGAUGCUGCCCCUCUUCGAGGAGCAUACCAUCAAGCACUACACCUACCUGCGCGAUACCAUGCCGCAUCUCGUGCCUUACCUACCUAUCGGUGACGCCCAGCAGUCGAGUGCGGAGAAAAUAGAGUCAGCGAUGGACGACAGCGCGGUGCGGAGGUUCUUCUCGUCCGUGUUGCAACACAUCGACAACCCCGCGCUCUCUACCGCCGUCAGGCUCAACAUGCUGCACUCCGCUGAGGAACAACUCAACAAACUGGCGGAGAUGGAGCCGGCGGUGUCGGGCGCGGCAGUGUUCACGCGCGUGUUCGCGCGCUGCGUGCGCGGCCUGCACGCGCGCGCCGCGCUCUCCGCGCACGCGCUCACGCAGCUAUCCACCGACUGUCUGCGGCUACAGCAUCAGUUCAGUGGCGUAUCGGAACAAGAGAACGCAUGUGUGUGGCAACUAGCACUGCGUGUGAGUGCAGCCAAGCUGUGUGCGGCGGCGGCGCAGCCCCCGGGCUCCGCCCCCGCGGGCGCCGCCCCGGCCGGGCCUCCCGCCCUCUCGGGCGCCGCCGCCGCACUCUCCGCUGCAGCGGCACUCACACAUCACGCAGAGCUACUCGACAGGCUACUAGCCUCCGCAGGAGUGGAGCCGGACCCGUUCACGAUAGCGGUGUUCCGUCAAUUGUCAAUGAACGCGGACCACAAGCCGGCCGCGCUGGCCCGCGCCAUCAUGCCACUGUUGCAGUCCGCGCCACUGCCUGUCAUACCCGCUCCGAAUAUCAAGAUCCGCAUGUGCACGGCUAGUAUCCUAGAGCCGGCGGCGGACAACGACACAGUGGUGCGGUUCAGCGCGGGGCUCGUCGCGGGCGUCGCGCUGGAGGCCGAGGUACUGCGCGUGCGCUGCCCCGGACAGAUCCGCGUGCGCGUCGCCUACCCAGACACUAGGGUGCACGCACUCGUACCACACAAGGACCAUCUUAGACCACUCGACCACCAGAAUACGAAUGACGAUGGCACACAAAACGUGCGUCUUUUAACAAAAGUAUUGAUAUCUCAUGGAGUGUGGACGGAGCCGUGUGGGGUCGACAUCUCAGUGUGUCUCGCGGUCGAAGAGGGAGGCGCGCGGGAACCGGCGCAACUGAUCGAGCUGUGUCGCCCCGUGCGAGUCACCGUUGCUCCCAAACCUAUCAAACGAGGCAUAUAGGCAAAAAGGACUUUAGUACAGAAAAAUAUGUGGAGAUAUCAAUAUAUAUAGUAUUUUAUUUUAUAAGAUUGUCGCCUUUAAAGUUUUCAUCAGCUGUAUAAAGAUCAUACAUUGAGAAUUUGUAAAGUACAAUUUGGCAACAGAAACUUUGUGAAAAGAAAGUCUCUCAAUUUUUAUGUGCAGGGCCACAAACAUAUUGUAAUGUUUUGAGAAUAGACAAAUAAAUACAUAUUUUUAAAUUA